AAAUUCGAACGGAUUGCGUCCCGGCAAGUGACGCCGCCUGACGCCGCGCGCAUGCGCACUGCGGCCGUGCGCCGCCCUCCCGGCCGGCCGGCCGUCCGCCGCAUCCCGUGACAGCCCGUGACUUCUCGUGACCUCGCCGUGACCCUCAGCCGUGUCGGCGGCGGCGGCUGGCCGCGGGGCGCGGGCCCCGCCGGUGACGUUGGCGCCGCCUCUGCGGCCGUCGUCGACGUACGUCUAUUGGUAUGCAGGGCAACCGGCGGCCAAUAGUACGGGCAGCGUAGCGGAGCGGCCGGCGCGGCGGUCGCGCGGCCCGGCCGUUGCAGCGCGCCUGCAGUACAGACUACAGAGCCGCCCUGCCGGCCGGCCGCGCCGCCCGCGCCGCUCAGCGCCCUCCGACGCCGACGAUCGAGCCGGCGGCCGCUCGGCCCGUGCUAUCUGGCGCGCUGCACCUGUGUCAAUAGAGUGCCGCCGGCGGUGAGUGCGCGCGCCGGGUGCCCGUCGUCGACGAUCGCUUCCGACAGUCGACGGAGACAGAGGAGCACCACCAACGACAGGUAGGAUGCGGUUCGGGCCCGGCUGAAGUCGGCCAUGUCCUGCCGGGACCACGCCAGUGACGAGGACGUCGCCGACCAGCCGGCCCCGUCACCGCCGGCCGUCACAGAGCCGCCGCCGAGCCGACCGGCGGCCCCCUCCGCUAACGGAGCGGCAGCCUCCAGCUCUGCCGGCCCUCCGGAGCCAGAGGCGGACUCCACCAAGACGCGGCGCAGCUCGAGCUCCAGUGGGGACGCUGAGCCGGCGCCGGCGCCGCGCCGCUCCAAGCGCCUGCGUCGCUCCAGCUCAGCCGGCGGCGAGGUGGCGGAGGACGCGGGCGGCGGGCCGCGGGCGCCCUCGAUGCUGGUGCGCCGUCGCCUGUUCGGGCCUGUCGAGCCGGGCUCGGCGGAGCGCGCGCGGCACCAGCACGAGCAGGAGACGAUGCGUGCCCAGACGGAGCGCUGGAACUUUAACUUUGAGGAGGAGCGGCCGCAGCCGGGUCGGUGGCAGUGGGAGAGGGCCGCGCCGCCGCGACCGGUGACGCGCGCCCGGCGGCCCGAGUCGCCUGCCUCCGGGCCUGCCGCCGACCAGCCCUAGAGGUCGGACGCGCGUCUCCAGUGCAAAUUUUACACUUGCCAGUCCUACUGACUGUGAUAGGGGUGCAGGUGGCGGCGGCUGCGCGGAGGAACUGGAGAGGAGGAACGCGGAGGAGACGGAUCCGGAGGAGGUGGAAUCUAUCAGAACUAUUUUCUCCGGUCGGAGCGGCGCGUGCAAUGCUCGACGGCCGCGCUGCACUGGUGAUGUACCUGUACCUGUUGUGCUGCUGUUGGCGCGGGCUGCUUCACGCCACCGGACAGGGUGCGGUCAUGUGGAACCGGGACAGCGAGUCCGAACACUGGAGGGAGGCGUCCCAGCGCGCGCCGGCAUCCACGAGAAUCUGGCCGUCUUGUCGGCAUCGGCAGGCUCGGAGCCGUCGAAUGCACGCGGAGCAGCUCUUCGGGGUCUAGCUGCCGAGCUAAAGCUACGGAGCUAAAGCCGCGGAGCUAACGAUUCGGAGCUGAAGAUUCGGAGCUAAGCCGAGCCACGAGAGGUGAGGCCUUACGACCAUGAGGAACCGGGAGCCUUCAUCGGGUGCGUUAGAAGAACGCACCGAUGGUGGAGACGCUACUUUCAUUCAUGUGAUAAAUGUUACAAAUUUUAUUAUACCAUAGUUAUUGGAAGUUUUCCGUUGUUGGAUCUCUAUUGUCGCAGUCGUUUUUGAUCAUGAAUGACUGAGAAUGGGGCGUGUAUGUAUACAGUUACAGGUCCUUUCGUAUGGGCGGCCUGUUAGAAUUUCACCGUAGUUUGGGGCUGGCGAAGUGCGUUCCCUUCGUGUGCGUUUGCCCGCGUGCCGUGUAGUGUUAUGGUGAUGGAGCAUUGUCUUAGUGAGCACUUCAUGUCCAUCAUUUAAGCAUCCAUGGCCGAUGCACUGCAUUCCUGAUGUAGGUUAUAGCCUGAUCUGAGAAUGUCUUCCAACAGCGAUUAGGGUUGAUAAAUUUAGAUGUUUUGAAUUUUCCAGUGCCGCUCGACAUAAAUGUCUUGGGUCCGGUGAUGUUUUGGAAGCUGAUUAUGAAUGUUCCGGUAGUAAUUCGUGAGUGGUUUGCCUGAGGACAGGUGCACCAGAGUGGGUACCGAACGACGUAACGAAUGAGCUUGACACAACAUCCGUGUUGCAAAGAGUAGCAUGACUUAUUAUUUAGACGUAAAUCUGCAUUUUCGCAAAUAGCUAAAAAUAUUUUGCGUUACUACGAGGGUAAUGACUCGAAAGAGAGUCCUGUUCCCGUCCCGUGUAAGCCUGCCCUGUCUGUCUGUCUGUUUGUCUGUCUGUCUGAUCGUCUGUCUGUCUGUCUACCCAUUCCGUUCUGCUCUGAUUCGACUGUAGCAGGAAACAAGAGGGCGUGCAAUGCCUCCUCAACUGUCGCGGGGGACCACAUUAUCGUGUGCGGCGGCGCGGCGCGGUGUGUCUGUGUGUUUGUGUUGUUGUUGGGGUUGCCGUAUCCUUGGUGUCGCGAUUAUUUGUCACAUGCAACCUACAGAUCUCAGCUGAGGGCCACGCUGUGCUUCUGUCCGUGUCUCUGCGCCCGUGUCUGUGUCGGAGCUCGAAGCUCGCCGGUCUCUGGGUGGGUGCUGGUCGGUUAUCGCUCUGCGGAAUUCUCUAAGCGGCAAUACAUUUCGGCCUGGA